UCUCCCUCUCCCGGCAUCAUCCUCAGCGGCAGCAGUAGCAGCAGCAGGAGCGGCAGCAGCAGCGCCCGUGCUUUGCCAGGCUGUGGUGUCCGGUGCAGGAGACUGACAGCACCGCACUGUCAGUCCCGGGAACGCGAGAGAUGCACACGCAUGCAAGCAACCAAACAGGCAAACAGGGCAACAAAGCAAUCGCCUAAGGAUUAAUUAAGGACCCUCAAAAUCAGGACCGGACAGCAGCAGCCACGGACAGCUGCAGCCGCAAUGGGCAGAGUUGGACCAAGGAGCUGAGGAGCUGAGGAGCUCAGACCAGAAUGUGUGGAUUUUACAUCCCUCUCUCUCUCUGUCUCUUUUCUCUCUCUAUUUUCUGCCUCCUGUCUCCAGCGCUCUCUGCCUCUCCCCCCUCCCUGCCGUUCUCUCUCUCUCACCAUCUCGCGCUCGUUCCGUCUCUUUCCCUCUGUGGCGGAAUGUAGAGGCACACUCUCUGCUCCGUGUUGCAUCGACGACUGGCGGAAAGGAAAGGGAGCGCUGGAGGACAGCUUGCUUGCGGGAGAAUGGAUUUUUACCUUUCAUCCCGGAGGUACUGGGAUGCGAUACCUCUUUCUGCUUUUCCAACCUUGCCGUAGACACUGCUGUCCCCUCUGACAGUGCUGCUGCUUGGAUAUUUCGCUUUUUUUUGCCUCCAGUGACUCUGGAAUAAAAAUCAGCUUUUUUUUUUUUGCCUCCCAAACCUUACAACCACCCCACCCUGUAUGGAUGGUGCGCUCGCACGCAGGAGGUCCAGCCCUGGCAGGGGGACACUAGGCACCGCGGCUCUCCAGGACGUGCGGAGCUGAGUCAGCAGGGGCUAACAAGAGUCGGAGAACAAGACGGCGAGAAAGAAGACCCUCUGGUGCGACAGCCCCCCGUUCUUCUGAAGAAACAACUGUGAAAGCUCUAAAUUGCGUGUAAUUGUUGGGAUGGGUUUUGCACUGGUGGUGCCAUCUGUUUCAACAGAGGUAUCCGAGGGGCACUAAUAGAGGGGUGUUGCUGCUGCAUCGGGAGCUGUUGAGAGCCUCCUUGUGCUUACACACACAUCUUCCCAGCUCUCUGCACUACUUCCUCUGCCUCGCAUCUCGCAUUUCCCCCCCUGACCCUCAUCCGCUUCACCCUUGGAUCUGGAACUCGCUUGCUUGCGCCUUCUGGAACUGGACUAGAGGAUCGUCCCGUGUCGGAUUCUGCAAGCAUUGCUUUUUCCUACCUCCGGAAUUCUACUGGGUGUGUGUAUUUGCGUGCCUGUGAGUUUGUGUUAGUGUAUAAGGGUGUGUGUGUGUGUGUGUGUGUGCUCGCAUGUGUGUGUAUGUGUGUUUGUGGCAUCCUGCACCUGUGCUUUAACCCCGUAAACUCGAAAAAUCGUAUCAAAUCAAUCAGGAGGUAUCAAAUUUUUCUAUUCGCAACCUUGGAGAAGGGUUUUGUCUUUGUAGAUAUGAGAUGAUUCAUGUUUGUGUUAUUAUAUUAGAUAUUAAAAAAUAUUAGAACAUUUAAAAAAUAACCUGAGUUUGUGGGGUUAAGGACUGUCUGUGAGUGUGUCUUGUGUCUGAGUGUGCUUCUGGCCCUCUCGUGGGAUUGCUUUUUUUUUUUUUUUUCGUCACGCCCAAAUGUUUGGCAACUGGAGCUUCUUUUGCUUCCUGAUUUCCCGGCCCAGGGGCUGACCCUCGGAGGGCUAUGAGUGAGAGUUCUGGAGCAGUGACCACCGGCUCGGGGGUGGUGGGGGUGAUCCUGGAGGAGCCUGAGAGUACCGGGGCCUCAGGCGGCCGGCAGCAGCAGGGCCAGGCCCCUGAGCGUGCUGGGACAUUGCGGUGUGGUUUGUGGCCUCGGCAGCAGACAUGGCUGUGUGCAGUGCCUCUUCUUAUUGGCUUCAUUGGCCUAGGCCUGAGCCUCAUGUUGCUCAAAUGGAUUGUGGUGGGCUCUGUGAGGGACUACGUGCCCACUGACCUAGUUGACGCCAAGGGAAUUGGACAGGACCCAAUCUUCUUGUCUAAACCCAGCUCGUUCCCCAAGGGUUCAGAUACGACCACCACCACAACUACCACCACUAUUGGGCCAGUUGGCUCCAGCAGCCCUGGGAUUACCACUUCGGUGCGGGGCAAAACUCGACCUGGAACACCUGCCAACCCGUCCCAAAGGGGUAGUGGGGCAUCUGGAAGUCAGGUGACCCAGAAAAGCACUACCCAGCGCUUUGGCCCGCGGGGUCCCUCUUUCACCACCACCACCACGGCCUUCACCACCACCUCCAAUGGCCGGACAUCCACCUCCAGUCCAUCUCCAUCGAAUCCCACCGUCCUCAACGACUCUACCCAAAUGUGGACCCGUGAACAGUCAUCUACCGAGAGGCCUGUUACUACUCCGGCUCGGACCCACAUCAGCCGCAAGACACCGGCCCCUACCCUCCCACCUCUGAAAUCGGAGCACUUCAAGCCCUGUCAGGAAAAAGACCUGGCCUACUGCCUGAAUGACGGGGAAUGCUUCGUCAUCGAGACCCUGAGUGGCCCUCACAAGCACUGCAGAUGUAAAGAAGGUUUCCAGGGGAUUCGCUGUGACCAGUUCCUGCCCAAGACAGACUCCAUCCUGUCUGAUCCGACGGACCACUUGGGUAUCGAGUUCAUGGAGAGCAAAGAAGUGUACAAGAGGCAAGUGCUGUCAAUCACCUGCAUCGCCAUGGGGAUCAGCUUCCUGGGAACCCUCUGUAUGGCUCUCUACUGCCGGAACAAGAGACGCAGGGAAAAGCUUCAGGCUCAUCUGAAGGAAAGCCGCAGUCUGAAGAACUACAGCCACAGCUCCUCCAGCCUCCCCUGCAAAUCUGGCCUCCAGCUGCAAAACUACUGUAAAAGCACAAGGUCCUCCCCACCACUCCGAGGUUCUGUCCACGAGUCCAGCUUCGCUCCGAGUUCCACCGCUUCAACCCUUCCCAGAAGUCUAUCAGCAGGAAGACACCACAGAGCAGGAGCUCUUUCACACAGCGGCGAACAAAGAAACAAUCGAUCCACUCUCCGCCUAGCAGCUCGCAGAACCCCGCCCAUUCCCAGAGGACGACUCAAUCCAAUCGGAGGCUCAAGAGACUCUGGACCCGCCUACCAGCACCUGCAGGAAGCGGAAGGGUCGGAGCGGGAGGUGGAAUCUGGAAGAGUGAACACCAUGAAGUCUGACAGUGACCUGCAUCAAGAUUCUUUCCACCAUAUGCAAGGUAUGGGUUCCCUGAGGAACCUUUGCUCUGGCGUCCCUGGGAAGAGUCCUCCUGUUCCAUACCGGCACUGUUCCAUUCCCAUCAUCCCCUCCGUCCACUCGCACCAGGACGAGGUUUCCUGCAUGCAAACUGCCACCACCACCACCACCAACAACAACACCAACAGAAGUGGGCAGAGUUCUGCACCUGUAGGGAAACCCACCGGCCCAGGAAAGCAGAAGGAGGCGGCCCACCUGCUGGAGGAGACCCAGGCUCAACUCAGAUUGCCGGCCCACGCCAACAGGAAGCAGGAGGACGCUGCGUUUCCUGUUCCUCCGGGGGCAAGAGAGACAGUGUGCAUUCUUCUCGUCAACGGAGGGCCGAAUGGAGGUGUGGCCCCCAGCGGACCCACAGAGACUCAGUUAGUGACCCCCAGAGACACACACAAAGACUCUACACAGCCCAGUCAAUGAGAGGGUCAUUUGAGGACCAGUCUCAAAAGUCCCGCCCAUCUCCAGAGGAAGGCCGCCAAACGUCUGCCUGAACUGAAUUGAACUGAACUGAAUGAAUAAAUGGUUGAAUUGUGUUGAUUCUGUUGAAUAUCGAACAUAAAAGGAACACUUUAAAGGCCUAAUAUGGGGGAAAUCAAUGUGUGGAGUGACAGUUUCGAAAUUGAAGAACAAAAAGAUUAUUAUUUAUAUGCAUUUAUUAAAGGAGAAGCUUCUACUUAGAAAAAAAAAGAAACCAAAUAGUCUGUCAUCUCUAUGGUGUUUUUAAUGUAACAAAAAUAAAAAAAAUAUACAUAGAUCUAUAUAAAUGGCUAUAAAUGUAUCAGAAUUAAAAAUGGUGACCAAGUACACAAAAAAGGAAAAAUGGGAAUGAUGCUGAACUUUUGUUCGUUUUCUACCGACUCCUCCACCACGUCUCCUCCACCACGUCUUGCAGGCUCAGACCAUUGAUUAUGAUUGAUUACGAUUCUUUUUUCAUUAUUUUUGCACCUCUAUCUCCAUCUUUGGAAUUUAAGCUAAGCUACGGCUUCAACAACUGAGUUUACCUACCGGCACCCACAAAUCCCUGACUUACCCUGCCAAGGAAAAUGUCUCAAAAAUCUCAUUCUGCCUUGGAAACCAUGCACCUCUUUCACAUAAGGACACAUGGAAUAUGACAGAACUUAAACUCAAACAUUUGGACAAACAAACAAAUGGACAAACAGACAAAUAAAAAAAAAUAAAAAAAACUUUAAAUCUAGAAAUUGACAUUGAAUCUGACAGUGGAACACUGCCUCAAGACUUCCGGAGGAACAGACGGAUCUGUCGCUCAGUUUUAUGGAGUAUUAUGCUGUCCAGGUUCUUUUUUUCUUUCUUUCUUUUUCUUUUCUUUUACUUUGUUUUGUACUUCAAAGUGUGUUCAAAGCUCCUCGCCAGUCAGACCGUCAGACAGUAUGGUCUGGAGAAAUGCACCACACCAUAGCCCGGGCAAGUCCUUCUGUAUACGAAGGGCGAGGGACGGACAUCUGACAGACGGACACGUCUGCAGUACCCUCCAAAAGCCAGGGGGCGCCCUCUCUGCCGCGUCAAAAGGGGAGGAGCUUGUGUGUUUUUUU